AUGGCGAUGGUGCAGGGCAGUCCCGGAUUGGCGACCUUCACGUUGGGCACACUGGUGAGGCAGUUUCCUAGACUUUCGUCUUUCAGAAGUGCCCAGGGAGUUCAGAUUUCCUUUCAGGCUUUUUGCACUAAAGCCUCCCUUGAGGAAGAGUCUUUGCCUUCAGCUCCCGUUUCUCCAUAUGAGGAUGAACGCUGGAAAUACCUUGACUCAGAAGAGUACCAGAACAGGUAUGGUUCUCGCCCAGUCUGGGCUGACUACCGUCGCAAUCACAAAGGUGACUACCGUCGCAAUCACAAAGGUGGCAUACCCUCACAGCGGACUCGAAAGACAUGUAUCCAUGGGAAUAAAGUUGCUGGGAACCUUUGCCCCAUCUGCCGGGAUCACAAGUUGUACUUAGACUUCAGGAACAUCAAGCUCUUAGAACAAUUUGUCUGCGCCCAUACUGGUAUUAUCUACCAUGCUCCAUACACAAGAGUCUGUAUGAAGCAACACAGGAAGUUGACCAAGGCCAUCGAGAAAGCCACGGAUCUUGGUCUCCUCAGUUACCACAUUCCACAGGUUGAACCCCGUGACCUUGACUUCAGUACUUCUCAUGGAGCUGUGAGUGGUACUCCACCAGCCCCGACUCUGGUUUCAGGAGAUUCCUGGUACCCAUGGUACAGCUGGAAGCAACCCCCAGAGAGAGAGCUGUCCCGCCUAUGCCGGCUCUACCAGGGCCACCUCCUCGAGGAGAGUGGACCCCCGCCUGAAACAAUGCCGGAGGUGCCCCACACAGUUCCAGGUAAAACUUCCUCGGAUCAGUCAGAAACCCAGGGUGUCCCUUAG